AUGAAGUCAGGAAGGAUGUUACAACAAUUGAAUCUUUCCGUGUCAUCCGCCAGUUUCUCUAAUUUACAUUUUUUUUAUCUUCAUUCAACUUUUGAUUUGCAUGAUGUUGUCAGGGCUUACAGAAGUUCUUGUCAUUCAAAGAAUCUUUGUAAUCCAUUCAUUGAUCUACCAAACAAACAACAAGAACGAUCACUCAAAGUUGCUACCAGACAGUAA